GCGAGCUGCGUGUGGAGACCCGUCUUUGUAGCAGCGGACCGGAGUGUUUCACCGUUUAGGUUCACAAAUAUUAAUGUUGCCUUACGCAGACGUGCAUCGUUUGUUCACAAAGUCCCAGCUUAUUAUUAGUCCCUCUCGCCCACGUGCACAUUCGCUAUAGGCCUACUACCGGUAUACUAAAUUACUAUAAGUAUGACUUCCAUUGGAUUGUUGGCUGAACAGAAUACAGUAGCUAAUAGUUAAAGCAACAAUGGGAAACAGUUGUUAAUAUCGUGAAUGUUUGCUAGAAAAUGGCCUACCUCAUGCAUAACGGCAUUUCCUAUAGCGGCCAUAAGGUGCAGUUGGGCAUUAUUAAAUUAUUUCAAUGCAAUGAAACAUCUGCAGUGAUACUUUUUUUGUUUACGUCUCUAUUGUCUUGCGUUAUUUACCCGUUGGGCCCCAGAUUAUGUAGCAACAUAUGACAUUUAAUUUCGUCUUAAUUACUGAAACUUGAUGGUCAUAUUUGUAAAGGAUUGAACUGAGUGCAAUAUUUAAUAUGGUGACGUUGCCAACUACAGCAAUACCCCCCUUUGCCUCACACACAAGAUACAACAAAUGCUGCAUAAGGCACGAUAUUGCGGGUCCGAAACAUGGAAAUAUUAUUUGCUAUACAAUUACCACAUGAGAUCUGAAGUGUUUGAUGAAUGCAGUCUGACCUUUGAUGUGGAAAUGCUCAAACGGUUUCACAGAAGGCCAUGCAAUCAAUAGUCGUAGUAUGAAGGGACUCGUGAAUGAACAGGUGUAUUAAUUGGCUUUCAGCAUAUACUCAUCAUGUACAUACUCAUAUGUUACAUUAAUAUGACAGUCUUACACCUGUAUUACCAACUAAUGUCAUAAAGGUACACAUUAACGGGAAAUGUGUACGCUUACAAUAUGCAAACAAAAAAGCAGCUUGACGCAACCUCCCAGGGAAACUGUUUAAAAGAAGAAGUGACGAAUGGUGUGCAGUCAGUGUGCACUUGAAAGUUGCACGGUCAGUUAUGCCAUCACGCCGACGUCCUCAUCGGAUGUGACAGCCAGGCCCCUCGUGGCAUAUGGCGCAAAUGGGGCCAGUCAGCCCAAGCUGCCUGCAAGCACCCGGACAAAAAGAUCCCAGUGGGACGCUAAGUGCGUGUAACGUCCUUACACCUCUCGCCGCUCCCCCUGCGGCCUCCUCCUCCACGCCCGAGGCCGUUGUCUUUGAAGCUAGGGGCCCCGCCGUCGAGUCAUUUGGUGGGAAAUUGCGCCAUCUUCUGGCAGCCAAGGUGAGCUCGUGGACCCGCCCCCGGAGGACCGAGCGCUCUGAUUGGCUGAUUCGAACAGCGAUGCCCACAACAGCAGAGAGCGUGAGUAACUCCCGACGACUGGAGUACCAACUCAAGGUUUCCACAAGGAGAGACAAAAAGGCUUUAAAUGAACACAGACACAGCUCAGACUUUCCGCUUGAAAACUCCACGACCUUCAUCGUUGCUGAAUGAAGAAGUGAAUCAUCGGUGAUCACAGUCAUGGCUGUCCAGACUGGCAUUCAGGUGUGGUUCGGCGAGAAGUUCGAUGCCCCGCUGCUGAGCCCGAGGAGCCCCAGGAGCCCUCGCAGCCCGUUGGCACAGCAACACGGCCCCGGUCUCACAGACGUCUUCCAGUAUGACCAGUGGCUGGCAGUGCGACACAAAGCCACCCUGGUGCCCAUGCAGGAGGAUCUGGCCAUCUGGCUCAGUGGCAUGCUGGGCGAGGAGGUGAGAGCAGAGUUCUUCAUGGAGGAGCUGAACAACGGCGUGAAGCUGUGCCAGCUCAUCGGUGUGCUGCAGACGAAGAUCGCCCAGAGCUGCCCCUCCGAGCUCUGCAAGCUGUUCUCCACGAGGAAGAUCGCGUGCAAGCGGGACGCCUCUCCAGGGUCUUUCUUCGCUCGAGACAACACCGCCAACUUCCUGGCCUGGUGCCGCCACGUCGGCGUGGAGGAGACCUACCUGUUUGAGUCGGAGGGCCUCGUGCUGCACAAGGAGCCUCGCCAAGUCUGUCUCUGCCUCCUGGAGAUCGGCCGCAUCGUCUCCAAGUACGGCGUGGAGCCUCCUGUGCUGGUGAAGCUGGAGAAGGAGAUCGAGCUGGAGGAGACUCUGCUGAUGACGGAGGAGCCGGCUGCGGCCGUGAAAACCUUCAGCGUGUGCUGCCAGCACGGCGGCCUCUACCAGUCCGGGGAGCACGGCAUGGACGACCCACCCUGCAACUGUGCCAACCGAGUCUCCAUUGAGUACCUGUCUGAGGGACGAUACAGACUGGGAGACAAGACCCUCUUUAUUCGGAUGCUUCAUGGGAAACACGUGAUGGUGCGCGUCGGUGGCGGCUGGGACACCCUGCGAGGCUUCCUGAUGAAGUACGACCCUCUGCGAGUGCUGCAGUUCACCACUCUGGAGCAGAAGAUCCUGGCCUUUCAGAAAGGCCCCCCCGGCCUGGGAGGUCACCACGGCAAUGCGGCUCCACCCCCUCCUCCCGACAUGGACCCCCUGGCCGCAGUCAACGACCUCAUCUCCUCCUCAUCCUCCUCUUCCUCGUCCACCUCGUCGUCAUCUUCCUCCUCCGGCUCGGCCUGUAAGCCGGCGUCUGUGACCGCCGCGGGUUGCUCGUACGGCGCCUCCCCGGCCUGCACGCCCACGUUGCACAGGAAAGGCGCUGCCUCGGCGCCUAAGAAGAAUCUGCCCAGGAAGCCCACCCAACUGCCCCUGUCCAUCACCACCACCAAAGCUUGCUCCUCUCUGCCCUCCAAACAGCCCCCCAGCAUAGGGGGUCAGGGUGCGCAGGUCCCUCGCAGAGCUCUGACUCCAUGCUCGGUUCUAUUGCCUGCACGUGCAGAUCCAAGCCCCGCCUCCAAACUGAAGCUCAGACCAUCACCGCGUGGCCCCGCCUCUCAUCCCAGGAGCCCCGUCUGCCCCGAGCCGUCUUCCAAAUGCCCCAAGCCCUCCAGCCCCUGCACCUCUCCCAUCGCGGCCUCUGUUCCUCGCCCUGUCACCGCACCAGCACGGGGCCCCACCACAAAAGAUGCCCGGCCCCCAUCGAGUGCCAGCCAGCGCUCACGCCUCCUUGCUCAGCGGCGUCCGGGCUCCCCGGCCUCGCGCCUCCGUCUAGAGGCUGCCAGGCGGGUGCGGACAGCCACAAGAGGUGCAGUGACGCCAACUCCCCAAACCCGGACCCCCACCCCCAGUUCACGGACGGCCUCCCCGGUGCCGCCAAAGCCUACCUGCUCCCUGCCGAAGAGCAAAGAGGUUGCAGCCAAAGCAAAGGGACCGGCCCCUCUCUGCGGCGCAGCUGCCCCUCCACGUGGAACCGCUGCUGUCCCCGGACGGGUCCCAGGAGGCAACACAGGCCCUUCUCCCACCAGCAAAGCCAAUCAGAAAGCAACAGCCACAGCACAGAGGGUGGGGCGAAAGCAAGCAGCCACCACCAACCCCAUCAACGGGAGGUCAACUGUCAAACCUGAUGCGGCUCCGGGACCGGCCCCGGCCCCGAAGAAAACCGGCUCUAACGGCAAGGCUGCAAAGACCGAGCCCAGCGUCCUCAAGAAGAUCCAGCAACACAAGGGCAAAAGCGAGGACCCUUAUUUUGAAAUGAACAGUCGCAGGAGACCGAGGACGUAACUCCGGUCUCUGAGGACUUCGCCAAAGCUUCUUGUCACAAAGCAGCACUUGUUGGAACUUUGACUCACUAAUCCUCCUCAAAAAGCUUCUAAUUUUCGACCAUUAUUUUGUCUUCAAAUGUAUUUUUGUUGUUUUUUGUAUGUUAUUUAACAGCCUUUUUUAAAUAUAUUUUUAGGUGUCAUGUAUGUCUUCUCUCUGUGGUGAUUGAAUGGUCUUUUUGAUUGAGCGGUCAGGUGACCUGGUCAACACUAAAACUUGCACAACGUUUACACUCUUUUGUGUUCGCUGAACAAAGGAUUUAACUUUAUAGCUAACAUUAACCUCAAAGCUUAUUUUUAGCUCAAUACAUCAUCACAGGUUACAGCCAUGGUUUAGUAAAAGGCAUAUAGGUGAACAUCUGCAGGUGAACGGAUCAGUUUUUAUUAGUGGGAAAGCAGGUCCCGAGGCCCGUUUUCUCCAAUAAGCUACCAAAGUUAUGAGAUGUCUGUUUGUCAGUGACAAAACCGGAACACAAAUCAUGGUUUCUGGUGAUUUCUUUGCUCCCCAUUGUGAACAUACUUUCCACUGGUGGAUAUUCGGACGUAAUACUUAAUAUGUUUGUAUAUGUGAUAUCUAGGUGGGAGGUUCGUCUCCAUGGCGCCGGACAAGGCGUCAUCAGAACGGCCCUUCCUGUCGUGUGCCUUCAUCAGAAAUGUCUCGUUUCUGAGCGGCAUUAGAAUGUAUUAGAUGCGGGGGUGGGGGGGUUGAUGUUUUUUACUGAUGAAAGUUGCACAUUGUGUACCAGCACUCAUGACUCAGAGAAAAGCCUGAGUCGCAGAUGAACUACUGAUCAAACGCCUCUUUUCUUUUGCACAGAAAACACUCCACAAUCUGUGUUUUUAUAUGAUUUCUAAUGUUUGUGUGUACAAAUCUAGUUUUCUAUGUGGUGUUUGUUUAUGUCAUCAGUGAGGCUUUUUUUUUUCUUUUUUUUUUCCCUUGUUUGGCACUUUACAGGAACCGCCAUGUUUGUCAGAAUUUGAAUGUUGAUUCUGUCGAUAUGUCUCUUGUUCCGGCUACCUUUAGUCGUUUUGAUUAAUAAAUGGGCGUGUUUUAAAGACC